AUGCCAACGACUGCGACAAGUACAACAGACUCUGGAACAUCAACGACAUCGAUGCCAACAACAGGUACCUCCACAACAACAGGCACAACAGGUACUUCCACAACAUCAAUGCCAACAACAGGUACCUCGACAACAACUGGUACAACAGGCACCUCGACAACAUCGAUGCCAACAACAGCUACCUCGGCAACAACUGGUACAACAGGCACCUCGACAACCUCGAUGCCAUCAACAGGAACCACAUCGGUGCCAACAUCUACAUCGACAACAUCAAUGCCCACCACUGGUACAACAACAUCAAUGCCAACAAGUACCAGCACAACAUCAUUGCCAACAGCCACACCAACAUCCACGGUAAUUGGAACGGACUUUAACGCUAUCAAGGUUCAACGCAAGUACCUGGGUACCACCGUUUCCUCCCCGUACACCUUGGAUACCUUACAGACUCUUGACAUUAGCUUAGUGCCUUUGAAUAAUGCAGUGUUCAUUUUGAAUCAAUUGAACUCUGCAGGUUUGAGCUCAAUCAAAUUGUCUUACACUGCAUCCAGUCCACUGGCAUUCACAGCUGACUUGGUCACUGCAUUCCCAAACCUUGUCUCAUUGAACUUAACUGGAAAUGUUAUCUCUGGAGAGUUGCCAGUGUCCAUGUUCAAGCAUUCCAAACUACAGACUCUUGAGCUGUCUGGUAACACUGUAGCCACCAAUAACAUUGACUUUGGAUCUGCUCUUGGAAAUAUUCUGACUCAGAUGUCAUUGAUAAUCAGCAAGGAUGCGACAUUCGCUACUCAAGCACUCCCAAAAAUGAAGGCAUUGACUUUGUACUUCAGCCAAGCUCGUGUACUGAAUGUCAACCUCAAUAACUUGCAGUCAUUGACACUCAAAGGAUCACCUGCCAAGCCUAAUGUGAACUUGGGCUUCACAUGCCAGUCACUCACCAGCUUGAGUAUUUCCAGCUCUAAUCCAAUAGUGAACAGUGACCUUAGAGCAUGCACCAAUCUCACUGACGUGUCACUCAAUUCCAAUGCUGCACGUACGUCACUGCUCUUUGUUCAAUAUCCACCAAGUUUGAUCAACUAUGCUGAGACCCAGACAUCAAUCACUGGAUCACUACCAACUGACAUUAAGAAUAUUACCACCUUGCGAUUGGUUGGUGAUCAGCUGAAUGUCAAUGCAGCCACAAUCAAAUAUACCAAGCUACAAUUGUUGGACUUGUCUUCAAACAAUAUUGCUGGCACAACACAACCUGAGCUAUGCACCAACUGGAAGGUCAACCUCAAGUCCAACCCAUUGACCGAUGUGGCCGACUGCUUCAAAUGCUACUACGCCUACACCAAGGAUUGGUUGCCCACCAUCUCCAACACAACUGGAUCAAAUUGCGCCUUGAUCAAUAAUAUGUACAGUGGAUACCCUGUAUCAAAUGGAGGCAUUGUCACUAUACAAGGACAGAACUUGGGUUGGGGUGGCAGUGAUGCAUCCAAGGAACUAACAGUCAUUGUUCCAAACACCUUGUUCUCCUACCGUGCACCAGCUCAGUCAUCAGUUGGAACAAUCAUUCAAACUGUCAGCUUUGCAACAACCAUCGCCAAGGACAUCACACUCAUCUACAAGACCAUUACUGGAGUAACAUUUGAUCAACAACCUAGUGGAGUCAAUGUGACGAUCCAGGGACUCAACCUUAUUACAUCUACAUUCAAGGUUGGAGGAUUGACUUGUACCGUCUCAGUUCAGACUAAUGAGACUGUUGUUUGUUUGGUCUCAUCAGCAUUGGUCGAGGGUGAUGUACUUAUUGUUGCCUCGGACAAUGUGUUUGGUGACACAUCGGUCACUCGCGGCUACAUCCAUCGUUAUCCUCUAGUCCGCUCAAUCUCACUGAUUGGACAGGAUGGUGGCCAGGUAUCAUUCUAUGGUAACUUCUCAGCUCGCUCUGGUUCCAUUACCAACAUCACAGUGGAUGGCGUGAAUUGUCCGACAGUCUCAGUGGCAUCCGACUUGUUGGUAUGCACAUUGGCACCAACCAAGUCUGUUGGCACGGUCAACUUGAACAUCACAAAUGAUGGCUAUAGAUUCGACACACCACUGCUCUUCCACAUCACGCCAGGCAGCCUCCAAUGUCCAGAUGGCUGUGGCCCUGGUACUUGUGUGAUGGGAAUUUGCCAAUGCCCCGCUGACUCCUACGGCCCCAAGUGCGCCUACAAGUUGCCCACCGAGACUGCACACCGCAACGACAAUGACACAGCACCUGGCACAACAUACUUGUACAAGGAGGUUCAGUACGAGUUUAUUGUGAGGGCCAUCCAAGAGGUCGACUCUGAACUGCAGAUUGUGCAUGAGGAGUUGCUGGGCGGCUGGUCUCUGACCACAUCGGACACUGACACCCUCCUCUCCAACUCGUACGCGCUCUCCAAUGUUAAUGGAGCAUCGAUCACCGCCACGAUGGAGGUGAACAAGGUUCCAAGGACUGUCAGCUUUGCCGGCAUCACGCGUGAUCACUCGGCCUACACAGUCAAGGGAUCGCUCAAGAUCAGUGGAUGGCAGUUCCGCAAGUCGACCAACAUCAUUCGCGUGGUCGUCGCCACCUCGUCGGCAUUGACGCACAACGCCGACACUUGUGGCGAGGAGUCGCAGAACCUUGGCGUGGACGAGCUCAACAACCUCAACUACCUGCUGCUCGAGAGGAAUGGCGUGGCCUUCUACGGUCGCUUCAUGAACCGCUCGCUGUCUGACGGACGUCCAACAUUCUCGGCCACAACGCUACUCAACCAAACACUGCAGGCCGAUGGUACCAACGUCACAUACGUCGGUGUCUCACUGCCUCAGUGUGCCGAAUGCAUACUCGACCCGGACUUUAGUGUCCUGGUCAACCCAGAGGUCAACCUCAACAAUCCAUGCAAUCGUGAUAAGAGUUCCAAAUCAUGGAUCGUGCCAGUGGCCGUAGUUGUGCCUCUGGUGGUCCUGUGUUCUUUGGCCAUCGCCGGAUUCUUCUUCCUCAAGCGCCACUACUACAUAACGCACGAAGGUAUCCGAAUCAAGUUUACCUCGCGACGUAUGUCAUCUCGCAAGAUGUCACUUAGGAAGAUAUUCGUAAGAUCU